AUGGUUGUCGUUGAUGAUGCACAACGAAGGAAAAGGGAAGGUCGUCCCAAGUCAACUAGGCUUAGGAAUGAUAUGGAUGCAUGGGAAGGUCGCACUGCAAACAAGUGUAGCGUUCAAGGAGCUGACGGAUGGCGCGGACACAGGGUGGAGGAUCAUCGAGUCAUGCUAGAGUACCCGGUGUCCGCAUUACUAGGGAGUCUCAUCCUGGUCCAGACAAUCAAUCUGUUCUUCAUAUGCAGUCAAACCAUCGUUCGGAAAACAUUUGGCGUGGACAGGUAUAUUACAAUAAAUACAUUGAAACUUAUGUUUAACUAUCUAUGUGCUUUAUUGGGAUUGAGGGUCGAUGGACUAGCUGUCACUGGUAGCAGUAUAUAUGAGUGGGAUGAUGUGAUGAUGCAAUUACUUGGUAGAGUGGCGAAUACUGAAGAUAGGGAUGGUGCAUCUUUGUCGUUAUCCUGGUUGGUGUUGAACUUUGGUGAACACAAUCCUCCAGCAGAGGAUGCUCCUGAGGUGGUGUUGCAACAGUAUGCCAGGGCUUAUAUAUUAGCCAUGUUCGGGAGUAUUCUAUUCCCAUCUACUAUGGGGGAUAGCAUUCCACUCAUUUUUCUACCACUUUUAGCUAACCUUCAGGAGACUAGCUCGUAUAGUUGGGGAGGAGCAGUACUUGCAUGCUUAUAUCGCAAUCUUUGCAGAGGAUGUUUGAGUUAUACUCGUACGAUAGGUGGUUGUAGCCUAUUACUUCAGUUAUGGUCGUGGGAGAGGUUGCAUGUAUGUCGACCACAAAUGGAUACUGGGGCACCACCUAUAUUUGUUCCAGACGAGCCACCCCGUCCACUUGGUGCCAGUUGGCAUGGACGACGUACAUAUAGAAGAAAUCCAAAGCAAGUCCUUAUAUUUGCUAGAGAUGAGCUGGAUCAGCAAGAACCUAACCAGGUACAGUGGAUGCCUUAUACACCAGGGAGAUUGGCAAAUGCACCAGUAAUAUGUAUUGAUGGUAGCAGAAUCUGGAGAGCUGUAGUGCCUUUGAUUUGCUUUGAGAUUGUGGAGUUUCAAUUCCCAGAUCGUGUUAUGAGACAAUUUGGUAUAUCACAGCAUAUGCCGACUCCAGUGGAUACGAAUGAUACUUUACAUAAUCUAAAUAGGAGAGGGCGGGAUAAUGUCGAUUGGGUGGUCAAAAACGCUACAUGGUUGGCAUAUUGGGAUGAUAAACUAGCUCAUAUCGCGCAGGAGCGAUUCCCUCGCACGAGCGUUGGCGAGUAUAUGCAUUGGUAUUACUCGAUCACCCGACGGAUUAUUAGUGCUCCAUCGACUGAUAGGCCACAAACAAAUUUGGCUUAUGCACAACGGGGGAGUCGAAUACGACGAGUGGCUGCUUUGGCAUUAGAGGGAGCAAAAAAGGCUGUUUUUGCAUUGCGUGAUGCUCUUAAUGACUCUACUGUUGCCAUUGCAAAUAAUUGUUCGUAUUUGAUGAAAUAUUUUGCUGGAUAUGGAUUUCUGGAUAUGUAUCUGUAUUUUUGGCAUGUUGGUUUUUUUUCCUUUUUUUUCCCUGUGUUUGUUGAUCACGCCAACAUGGUUGGCGUGACCGAAGAAAAAUGGAUGAUCACGCCAACAAUGUUGGCGUGA